AAAUUGAAGACCAUAUUCAGCCUAAAAAUAAAAAAGAAACAGAUAAACAUAUUCUUCAUGUCUAUGACAAACCUUGGAGAUCACAUCAUGUACAAACUUUACUUCAUCUGGCUGAUAAAUCUGGAAAAAAUAUAAGUCAUAUAAAAGUUUUACGUCAUCGUUGA